CCGAAGAACUUACCAAAAAAUGUCCAAAUAUCUAUCGUACCUCUGGCUGGUUCUGCUGUGGAGCGGCACGUCACAUGGAGAUCACUUUGAUGAGUGUGACGGAAUGGCCGACGAGUCGUUUGUCCAAAGCUUAGACAGCUGUCAGUCCUAUGUGUACUGCAUGGGCGAGGACUCGCAGAAGGGCGACUGCGAUGAUGGUGAAUACUUCGAUGCCGAGUCGGGGGGCUGUGAUGAUGCUGCCAAUGUGCAGUGCUUUCUGGACGAGGUCGACGAGCCGGAGCUGGAGCCGGAGCCGGAAGAGGCAGAAGAGGAGGAGCUCACACCAGCCACGGCACCUCCAACGGAUCCAGCACCAGCGGUGGACCAGUCAUCCGAAGUGGAUAUCCUCAACAUUGCGCCGGUGGUGAAGCCCAAUUGUCCGAUCAGCGACGACCCCAGCCAGGUCAUACUCAUGGCCAGCAACGAAUCAUGCACAAAUUAUUAUCUGUGCUAUCACGGACAUGCCAUGGAAAUGCACUGCACCAACCAGUUGUACUUCAAUGCCCUCACCGGGCAAUGCGACCACGCGGAGAACGUUCAGUGUGCGCUGGAAGAUCCGCGCGCUCACAAAUGCCUGCCCCAUAUGACAGAGUUCUUUCCGCACCCGGACAAAUGCAAUUACUUCUAUUACUGCAUCAAGGGCUUCCUGACAAUACAGCAGUGCCCCUUUUACUAUGGCUGGGACAUCGAGCGAAGGAGUUGUGUGCAGAUAAAUGUGGCGAAAUGCUAUGGAAACUCCCGGCGAACAUACUAUGCCUACAUCAACUGCUCUGGCCAGGACUCGACGUUCUGUGUGGACAACAUCACUUGCAAUGUCGCCUUCUAUUGCAACGAGCCAAUCAUUUCGGGCAAUUCCACUGUUGCGCCGCUUAAUUCAACGUCAACGUCAACAUCAACGUCAACGUCACGAUCGCCGAUCCUCUCCACAGCCUCGCCGCUGGAUGUGCGAGAGCAGUGUCAUCAGGGGGUAACCAAAAGGUUCAGCUAUCCCCAGAAUUGUAACUACUUUUACUACUGCGUGGACGGCUUUCUGCUUGUGGAGCAGUGUCCCAUUGGAUAUGCAUUCAAUGCUACGACUGGAGCUUGUGGCGGACGUACCCGGAGCUCCAUGGACUGUACUUUGACUUUUUGGAACGAUACAGAGAAGAUGUCGAAGCUUUGUGUUUUCUUGUUUCUAAUGGGCUUCCUUUUUGGCAGAUGCCAGGCGGACGAAUUUGCCGAGUGCAUUGGCAAUGAUGGGGGCUUUGUUUCCUCUCAAAAGAGCUGCGCACACUACAUUUUCUGUAACGGAAAUGAUUCAUAUGACGGUGAAUGCCCUGACGGCGAAUACUUCAGCUCCGAUACGGAAAUGUGCGAGCCAAUGGGCGAUAUUGAUUGUCGCUCAGGACAGGCUGUGGAGACGGAUAAUACACCAGAAUUAGAUUCCAGUACAGAUAGCUCAACAGUUGUCAAUACCGAAUCGCCUCCUAAUAGUACUCUAGCAGCCGAAUCACUGAACGCCACAUCAACUCCAACGUCCAUCGAUGGACCUGGCAGCAACACGACAGUAUUUGCCCCGAGUGUGGAUAUAAUUGUGACCAGUAUUUGCCCACGAGAGGAUAACAAGAGCCGCAUCAUAUUAAUGGCAAAUCAAAAUUCCUGCACGGACUACUAUGUUUGCUAUCAGGGUGAGCCGUAUUCCAUGAACUGUGCGGCCACCUUGCACUUCAAUCCCCGCACUGGCAAAUGCGAUCAUCCCGAGAAUGUGCGAUGCCUGGCAUCCACAAAUAAUCCCCGGGAGCAGUGCAAACGGCAUACAAUGGAUAUUUACCCGCACCCAGAUAAUUGCAAUUAUUUCUACCAAUGUCGCCUGGGAUACUUAAUUGUACAGCAGUGUCCUUUCUUUUAUGGCUGGGACCACGAGAAGCGAUCCUGUGUGGUUCUAAGCCAGGCCAAGUGCUAUAACCAAAGGAAAUUUCAAUGAAAUGAUAAUAAAACUUUAGUAUGUACUCUAA